ACUACAGUAGACUAACCCCGGAACGCACACAGGCAGUCAUGUGACGGUCAUAUAGUACAACUCAGUCAGCGCUCAGUCCAGUCUGAACGCCGCUGCUGCCGCUGCCGCUGCCGCUGCAUGGCGAGUCUCAAGGGCAAAACCUGCUCUGGCCGCGUCGAAUGCAACGGAUAAAAACAUUACUCCCCGCGCCUUUUGCUUUGGGAUUAUAUUGCUUUUGAACAAGACACACUGUAUCCCGGCCGGAGUCCUUGGAUUGUAAGAGUGUUUCUGCGACACCUACUUUUUCCCCCCUGAGAGAGAAACACCAGGUGUGUUGAUAUCUCCCCCGAGUGGGAAGUGUGGCCUCUGUGACCUGGGUGUGUAUGGCCUAACCUUCCCAGCAGCAGAAGGAAUUACAAAUCAUCCUAACCACAGAUUCCAACAAGAGACGGCCGCUUGGAACGGUCCAGGAAUGGUGGACAACUUCCCAGUUAGCGAGGGGACUUUUCGUCCUUACAGUGGCUCCUCGCAGGCCUACCGGCUGUCUGACAUGGUGACGCACAUGAGCUCCUACCAGGUGAUACCUUCACCGUUUUCGGAGGACGACCGGAGCGAGUCGUCCAGCCCUCGUUCCUGUUCCAGCCCCGACUCCCAGGUGCUCAGCUCCAGCUAUGGCAGCAACUCAAGUGCUGAGAGCCAGGACAGCAUCCUGGAUCACCUGCUGUCCCAGACCUCUUUAGGGGGUGCCAACAGUGUGCUAGCAGAGUCUGUUGCACCUCUACCAUUAUCCACUUUCUUUUGGGACUCACGGAGAGACGAGCCCCCCAAACGCCAGCCUGUGAAGGAGGAACAUUUUGACUUCCUAUCCUGGGCUAAUGUGGAGACAGAGGAACAACUUGGAGGGUCUUUCCAGCCCACAAUGGAAGAGAUCGAAGAAUUCCUGGAGGAGAAUAUGGAGGUGGUAACGAUGAAGCAGGAAAUCCGAGAGGGUUGUCCAGGAUUGGGAGUGGGACUGGAGGAGGGUAUAGAGGUUGGCUUGGAGUGGUGCAGGGAAGCCUCCCCUGAGCCUAAGCCAGAGGCCAAGUAUUCAGACCAAACUGUCCCCACCGCCAGCAUUACUGGCCCGGCCACUGCUGCCUCCAGUGAGACCAAAACUAAAGUAGUUAACCCCACAUAUGAAUCCAGCACAGGGGACAGGAAGGCAUCAACCAACAAAUCUUCAUCAGCAGACAGUGGCACAAACGGUAGCGGGAUGCCGGUUGUCCUUCAGAUUCAGCCACUUCAGAUCAAGCAGGAGCCCACAGUAGCGCCGAUUACCCCAGUGGUCCAGCCCCCACCGCCUGCCCCAGCCUCAGACAUCAAAAUUGCACAGCUACUGGUCAACAUCCAAGGUCAGACCUUUGCCCUGGUGCCCCACAUCCUGCCCUGCACCAGCCUUAACGUCUCAUCCAAGUUUGUACGCAUUGCUCCCGUCCCCAUUGCGGCCAAGCCGCUCGGGCUCGGAGAUGGCUCAGCCGGCCAGGGCUCAGGGAUUCUUGUUGGAGGUCAGAAGUUCCAGAAGAACCCGGUGGCGGAUCUUAUCAAAAUGCACAAAUGCACUUUCCCUGGCUGCACCAAGAUGUACACCAAGAGCAGCCAUCUAAAGGCCCACCUGAGGAGGCACACUGGGGAAAAGCCUUUCGCCUGCAACUGGCAGGGCUGUGGAUGGAGGUUUUCCCGGUCAGACGAGCUGUCUCGCCACCGGCGCUCCCACUCAGGUGUCAAGCCGUACCAGUGUCCGGUUUGUGAGAAGAGGUUCGCUCGCAGCGACCACCUGUCGAAGCACAUCAAAGUGCACCGUUUCCCACGCAACAGCCGGACAGUGCGCACAGCAAACUGACGCUGGGAUUGCUGGGAAUGCUGCGAUCAAUUUCAUACGAACCUAGUCCCUUGGAGCACGGUGCGAGUGGGAACGCACAGAUUUUGUUUUUUGCCGCAAAUGCUUGCGCUCUUGUCAGUUUGAUUAUGUGAGUGGAAGCAUGCCUCGCUUUUUGUUUCAGCAGUCCGUAAUUGUCCUAAUUUAUUGUUCAAAAGUCAGGCGACACAGUUAUCCUCCAAUCUGUGAUCAGCUGAAGGUUGUUGUUGCUGAUGGUGCCUUGGUAUGUUGGACUCCUUUAUGUUUGUUCGGUCCUUAUCGUCUGCCUCGGCAAAAGAUAAGAUACAUUUAUUUUCAUCCAAUCUAGAUUAUGUGAUAGUUUUGGUAACAGUCCACGCGACCUGGAUCAAAACAACUGCCUUUUAUCUUCCUGAAAGCUGCCAACGUCUUGGACAUUCCUCAUCUUAUGCAAUGUUUAGGAAGUCAGAGGAAGUUCAUUGGGAUCCUCAUUAGCGACUACCAGUAUAGUUUUUCAUUGACAGUACAGUUAACCUUUAUUGCUCAACUUUGACGCACAGGGAGAGACCUGUAAAAUCUCGCCAUAAUCUUCCUGGGUUCGGCGCUGUCGACUGAAAACCUACUAUUCCAUAUUUAUCAAUUCUAUUGGUCACCUGUUACAUCUGUCUGUGGGUUUUAGAAAUAUUUGACCAAUGAAAAUAAGGGCUAGUGAAUAAAUCUCGUAACUCAAUCUGAUCCUUAAACUGACGGCAAAACCACAUAGCUCCACGCAGCCUCAUUCUUGAAAAGAGUGUUGCUCACAGCAGAGCUGAAAGAACAGGGGCAAUGUGAUUUUGUCUGAGUCCGGUCUGAAGGCAGCGUUCCUCACAGUUUCAUAAUAAACUAAACAUAUUUCAACAAUUCUCAACAGCAGUCUGUCCGGGAGAUUAAACUCGGCGCUGGGUGUGGAAGGAUCGUCGGUGCUCGCUGGGUACAUUUCAUAUGCACAACCGCUCUGGUUGGCUUGGAAAGCCCCCGGGUGAACUCCAUGAGCUUUAAAGCACGACUCGCCCCGACUUUGCUGCUCAGUUAUUACUAUGCACCGCACCGGUUUAUCAAAUUUAGUUCUGAUGUUUUAGGUCUAAAUGUUUGCUGAAGAGAAUAGCCUAGCUAGCUAGCAAUGUGACCUCACCUAAGCAGUCGUUAUAAUCAGUGACGAACAAAACCCUCAAAAAGCUAGCUGCUCCAUUUGAGUAUCCUAUAUAAAGACACAAUACCAACUUUGGCAACGCAACAUGCAAUUAUUAUAACAACAGGUGCUCUUUUUUCAUUUCCUGAAAAGCAAUGGGUUUGAACAUAUGACGUUUCCGCUGACUUUGUAAACCUGCUGUGACACGAGGAAGAGAAUGGCAGAGCAACACAAAAAAUCCAGACGGGAAAUGCACAAUGAUUGUUUAAUCGGCCUCUGAUCAGUGUUAAAUGAUCUUUGUUUCGUUGUUUUAUGAAGUCAUGUGUGUCUACUUGCUGGUCUUCUAUUCAUAUCACUUCUCUGGCCUUACUGUAACACGGAAUCCUUACUGGAGAGCCAGACCAUAUGGGAAACCAGACGUUUCAGUGAUACAUAUUUUAAUGGGGUGUUGAAGUGACUGUUCAUAAUAUGGCCCAUGUCAGUCGGUGCAAAGCUACGGAGCUGAAUGUCUCAGUCUGCUAUUAUCAUUUCAACUGUUAUUUUGCUGACGACUUGACACAAAAUCUGCCUCAACUCUGCUUUAUUUGUUACUGAGACACCCUGACAGCCUUUGACCUCAGCCGGCCAUUUACGUUACUUUGAGGUGACAUCAAUGGACACACUAUGGUGCUGAACUACCCCAUGUGCUUCUGGGAAAUGAAGUCACAUCAUCCCUCCUGCGGCCACGACACACUUUGUAAUUGCUCUGGAACAUUGUUUGCUACGUAAACCCCGCUGUGAAUAUGUAGGGGCUGUGACAACGCCGUCCACGUGUAAUUCAUGCAUGUAAAGCGACAAGAAGCGAGGGGGAAAGGGGGGAGGGAGGGGGGUGUAACGUUGCGCAUCAUUCCUUUCAUUCAAUUUUUGAAUUUUUAAUGCUUGUGUGAACACAGGUGUUUUAUCGCAUCCUAUGAAUGUAUGUAAAUAUGCAGGAGUGUAUAUCGUGGCAUCCAGGAAACACACAGAGACGACUCUGAUACCAUAUCUUACAACAAAUCAGUGGUUGUGGAGAUUUCUAGUGUAAACCCUAAAUGUGUACAUAACUUAACGUUUCAGUACAUAUGAAUAUAUUAUCUAUUUUUUUCUUUGUUCUAUCCAAGAUGCAUUUACAAAUAAAACUG